AUGGUCGCCGACAAGUUCGAGUCAGGCAAGGGAAAAUUGGAGUCGGGCGGUCCCAUCACGCAGGUUGAGCCUCAACCGGCGAGCAAUCAGUACGAUGUCGAUUAUGAAAAGCACGGCGCCAGUCGGGAAUCAAACCCGCUGCCCGAUCUGAAGCGCAAGUUGAAGAGUCGUCAUCUGCAGAUGAUUGCUAUCGGUGGUACAAUUGGUACAGGUCUGUUCAUCGGAAGUGGUACGGCCAUUGCAAAUGCCGGCCCUGUCGGUGCGCUCAUCGCCUACAUCUUCGUCGGUACCAUUGUGUACUCGGUCAUGUCGGCAUUGGGUGAAAUCGCAACGUACAUCCCCAUCCCCGGUGCUUUCACCUCGUACGCGGCCCGUUUGAUCGAUCCCAGCUUGGGUUUCUCCAUGGGUUGGAUCUACUGGUUCUCAUGGGCGUCAACCUUUGCUUUGGAGCUCACCGCGACCGGCCUCAUCAUUCAAUUCUGGGAUGAAAACAUCCCAAUCGCCAUUUUCAUCGCCGUCUUCUGGGUCAUGAUUGUCAUCUUCAAUAUGUUGCCUGUCGGAUUCUACGGAGAAAUGGAGUUUUGGUUUUCGAGUAUCAAAGUCCUCACUGUGAUCGGCUUUAUGAUCUUUGCGAUCUGCAUGAACGCCGGUGUGGGUAAGGAGGGUUAUAUCGGUUUCCGCUACUGGGUGAACCCCGGUCCGUUUGUGCCUCACCUGAUCGAGGGCAAUCCGGCUCUCGCCAAGUUUGUCGGCUUCUGGUCCUGUCUGAUCCAGGCCGGUUUCUCGUACCAGGGCACUGAGUUGGUCGGCAUCGCUGCGGGAGAGACGGAGAACCCACGCAAGACUGUGCCGUCUGCCAUCCGCAAGACAUUCUUCCGCAUUGUCUUCUUCUUCAUCCUGACCAUCUUCUUCAUCGGUAUCGUGGUGCCCUCGGAUGACCCCGGCUUGGUCGCCAGUGGUGUCAGCGCCUCCAACGCCAACGGCUCGCCCUUUGUCGUCGCUGCUCGUCGCGCCGGCGUCAACGUCCUUCCUAGUAUCAUCAAUGCCGUCUUGUUGACCGUGGUGCUCUCGGCUGCCAACUCCAACGUCUACAGUGGUAGCCGUAUCCUCAUCGGUCUGGCUCAGGAGGGCUUUGCCCCUCGCAUCUUCAAGCGCACCAGCAAGGGCGGUGUGCCUUAUUACGCGGUCGCCUUCACCGCCCUGUUCGGUCUCCUUGGUUUCCUGAAUGUCUCCAAUUCGGGCUCAACGGUGUUCAACUGGUUGUUGCAGAUCUCCGGUGUUGCCGGUUUCAUCACCUGGGCCUCCUUGAACGGCUGCCACUUGGCGUUCCAGCGUGCUCUCAAGGCCCGUAACAUCUCGCGUGAUAUUCUGCCCUACAAGGCGAUCCUGCAGCCCUGGCUGUCGUGGUACGGACUUUUCUUCAACUGCCUGAUCAUUUUGACCCAGGGAUUCACUGCCUUUAUUGGUGGUUUCCAAGUGGAGAACUUCUUCAUCAGCUAUCUCAGUUUGAUCCUGUUUGUGGUGUUGUAUCUCGGUCACAAGAUCAUCUUCCGUCCCGCCUUUGUCAAGCCCAUCGAAGCGGACCUGGACACCGGCCGAACCACUGCCGACAGUGAGAAUUGGGAGACUGUCGAGCCUACCACCUGGUACGGCAAGAUGUGGCAGUGGAUCAGCGGCUGA